UCUCCCUGCGUCCUAAUCCGGUACACGUUAUAUAAAACAGCCAUCCAAUCCCACGCCACUCAGAGAAACAACUACCUCAAAGCUUGGCGGUCUGCUUGUGUGGCCCAUUAGUUCCUCCUGCUGUAGGUUACUGGACUGGACUGGAGCAUCAUGAUUUUCAUAGUGGACCUGCUGCUGAUGCUGAUUGACCUGACUUAUUCCAUAGUGGCAGCGAUCAUCCAGACGUUCCUGCGGCCGCGGCUGAAGAGCAUAGACGGGGAGCUGUGUCUGAUAACAGGGGCUGGAGGCGCGCUGGGUCGCCUCUUCGCCCUGGAGUUUGCUAAAGAGGGGGCACACCUGGUACUGUGGGACUGCAACACGGCUGCCAACGAGCAGACCGCCAAGCAAGCGCGCGAGCUGGGAGUGAAGGUCCACGCGUAUACUGUGGACCUUUCCCAGCGCCAGAGCAUCUACCAGGCGGCGGACAGGGUGAGGGCGGAGGUCGGGGAGGUGUCCAUUCUGGUGAACAACGCUGGCGUCGUGGCCGGGCGGAGGCUGCUGGACUGUCCGGACGAACUUCUGGAGAGGACUCUGCUGGUCAACUGCCACGCGCUGUUUUGGAUGACAAAGGCCUUCCUGCCUCAGAUGAAAACAAGAAACCGUGGUCACAUUGUAACCGUUGCCAGUGCUCUCGGGCUCUUCAGCACAGCAUGUGUAGAGGAUUACUGUGCCAGUAAAUUUGGAGCUGUUGGUUUUCAUGAGUCACUGACACAUGAGCUUUUAGCAGAGGACCUGUGUGGCAUCAAAACUACUUUGGUCUGCCCCUAUAUUGUUGAUACAGGGAUGUUUGCAGGCUGUGAAAUCAGGAAAGAGCUGCGGAGUUUGAUUCCUCCUCUUGAUCCCCUCUACACUGUUCAACAGUCCAUGAAAGCCAUUUUAGCUGAACAACAAAUGAUAUGCAUUCCUCGCCUUAUGUACAUCCCCUUCCUGACAAGGGCAUUGCUACCUUGGGAUGCAAAUGUUGCAACAUACCGCUUCAUGGGAGGUGACAAAUGCAUGCUACCCUUCAUAAAGAAUGUUGAACUGAAGUCAUCAAACGGCCACAUCAAAUCCUGCUGAGAAAUCUGUCUUUAACUUUGUUCAUUCCUGGACCAAUGCAGAAACCCAAGGCUUGUGCUGAGGAGUCUUCUUAUGGUAUUUUAUCAUUAAGGGAAAGCCCGAAAUCUUCAAGUGUGACUUUUAACACUGGGCUGACUGGUAGCUGUAUUCAGUCAUGUUGAAUUGCAAACAUGGUGUUAUCUUUGACUAUAAAUGAUCUUUAAGAGAACAGAGCUCAAUGCAAAAUAAUUUCCUUUCAUAAAACCAAAAAAGUUAUUGAUCAACCUUUGCACUCAAGGCCAAAGAAGCAAGGUCACAUUCAGAGGUAAAUUCAUCUAAGUUCAGAGAAAAAGAGACUGUAAUGAUAACAGAUCUAUACAAGUGCCUCUUUUUAUUCACAUUAACAAACAGUGCAGAAACAAAGACUAGACAGGAACACAUCUACAGGAAACAUGCAACAGAAAAAUAUCUAGCAUUAUGUUUGAGCCACAGACUACAGAAUCAUUUAUCAUAAAAAGGAAUUCAAACAUACAAAAAAGCGCUAAAGAAAUCCCUCCCAAGUGAUUUAGAUGUUCCACAAUACUGCUGAGAUGUACCUCUGCUGCUGUUACUGAAAUAAAGUGAUUGUAUCAUACGUAGAUAUCCAUAUCUUUGUUUCGCCACGCAGCCAACAAACGGCCGAAACGCAAACAGUAAUUCAGUCUAGUCAACUUUUGGUCAUGUCUUUAAAAACCCUUAAAAAAAUACCUCCAUCAGAGAAUACAUCCGCAACUCAAGCAAAAUCACAACUUCUCUGGUCAAUCCGUCAUAAAUCGUCAUGUCAAACCAAAUCUGUAAGGACUCAAGUUCAGCUGAAGCAGUUCUGCCAUGUGACCUGAGCUCACUGUGGUUCCUCCUGCACCGUAUUGUGGUAUCCUUAAUACGUGAACACCAUCGCAUCGGUUUCAAACUAACUGCACAGUGGCUGCUUGUAAAUACCCCUGCAGGUACUGGAGGGCUUCCGCAUUCAGACUGGUGCUCAGCAUCGAUGGA